CGCUGUGGCCAAUAGCGUGCUGCCGCUGACGUUGUGGACGGUUUCGCGGCAAAAAAGGAAUUGGCGCGCAAAUGGGCGAGCUGAGGGAGACUGGGGGAUCAGCUGGAAGGCGAUAACAAUAGCAAGUGUGGGUGCAGCAGAGAGAAAUCGAGGGGCGGCGGUGGCUGCUGUUUGUUCUUUCAGGACCCCCGUGCUACCUGGUCCAUCCGGAACCAAUGUUUUGUGGGGAAGUGUGUUGGUACCUCAGGACUUGACUCAACAAUGAGCCUUUUAUGGGAGGGAACCAUCACACUGACUCAUUCACGCUGCUCCCUUUCAGUACAUUCAUUUCUGCACCCCUGGACUUUUACUAACUUUUUCUACUAAUUAACAUUUGACUUGGUGCUUUUCUGCUUUGCUCUGGAUUUGUUCAAGCACUUUACACCCAUAUUUAUAUCAGACUUUGUAUUUUUCAUGUCUCAUGCACUCAUUUUACCCACUUGGCCUUUCCUCUACUUGGAUCAUUUUUUUUCUUUAUUUUUGGAAGUUUUUAAGUGUUUUAUAUAUUAUAUUCCUUGCACUGGGGUCCAUUAAAUGCCCCGCGCUGCCUAUUUUAUGAGGGGCAUUUUCAGUGCCUCUUAAACUAAGUGCAUUUUGCUCUGAGCACUUAUAGCAUGCUUUUUUUCUGAGUACUUCGAUUUUUCGUUUUUUGUUCUGGGAACUUGUAGUGUCGCUUUAAAAUAGUGAAUUUCACUGGCCCUUUUAUACACAUUCUUUUGGGCUUCGACUUGCUGCCAGCGGCUCCCAAGGGCUUCCAUAUUUUGACAAGAACAUCAUAAAAAGACGACUGUCCAACCUCCUUCUUCAAGUUUGCUUAUCAGAGGCGACCAACGUUGUGAUCAUUUCUUUAAAGGUGCAGCCUCUGGGAAUGACCAAGCAGAAACUCGGUUGGUUUUAAAGAUUUUGGCAGUUUGGAAAACUUGUAUUUGAGUGGCUAUGGAUAUGUUGAAAUGGCCUUUAUUUUGGGACUGGAUCUGAAUCUGGAUGUUCCAUGAUGUUUUUGCCAACUCUGUCAUCACCUGCGCACCCAUUUCCAUUUUCCCCUGGUCCCACCCAAGGGGGAUUGUUGAUUAAAGCUUAGGGCCCAUUCGUGUUAUCGGCUGUUAUCCAAGUGUUUCUUCUGUUAUGGGAACUCUUGAAAUGAAGAUGAACACCACCAUCUGAUCAUGUCCCAGGAGUUUGGGGUGUCUUAUAGCUGCAGUGAAGGAGAUCUGGGGGCUCUCUGGGAAGCUGGAACCUUCCAGGUGGCUGAACAGCAGAUUGUUAUUAUAUCUACCCCUGAUGUCCCUGCUGAAGCUGCUGGAAACCCUGGUCUCAGUGAGGCAGAGUUAAUGCUCUUUACCACCCCUCAGGGUCCUUCAACGUCGUACACUGCACAGAGGCCUGCUCUUGGACGCCCACCGGUAAAGAGGAAGUUAGAUUUGGAAACUGUAUCCAGAUACAGUCAAGAAGGACUACAGACUCCCCGUGGGAAGGGCAAAAGACCUCUGAAAGCGUUGAAAUCCCCAGGCGAGCGGUCUCGGUAUGAUACAUCCCUGCAUCUAACAACCAAACGUUUUCUGGAACUGCUAAGUCAAUCUACAGAUGGAGUGGUGGAUCUGAACUUGGCUGCCCAGGUGCUGAAUGUGCAGAAAAGAAGGAUAUACGACAUCACCAAUGUAUUGGAAGGGAUCCAUUUAAUCGCUAAAAAAAACAAAAACCACAUACAAUGGCUAGGGUAUACGUCAUCUGUGGAAUACAGCAGCAGAUUCCAGAGUGUGUUGAAGGAGUGCCAGAAAUUAGAGGACCAAGAGAAACAGUUGGACGAACUUAUUCACAUGUGCAACACUCAGUUGAAAUUGUUUAAAGAAGAUGAUGAGAAUCAUGAUUAUGGGUAUGUGACUUGUCAGGACCUUCGGAGCAUUGCAGAUCCAUCUGAACGCAUGUUAAUGGUGAUGAGGUGUCCUCCAGACACAGAUAUGUGUAUUUCAGAUCCUUCUGAGGCCUUUCAGAUGUCUCUAAAAAGCACACAAGGACCCAUUGAUGUAUUUCUUUGCCCUGAUGACAGUUCUGGUGUGUGCAGCCCAGUCACAAGUCCCACAAAAACUAGCCAAGCAGAGCCCUUGCCCAUUAUCGAAGCAGAGCCCUUGCCUGUCCAACCUAAAGAGAAAUCACAUGUUUCUACCCCUAUGCUUGAAAUGGGGCUUGGGCUGCUGUCUGACAUGCAAGAGCCGUUCCUUCCAUCUGAGACUGAAAUACCUCUUGAUUAUACCUUGAAUUGUCUCCCACUUUCUCCCUCUGACCUCCUGGAUCACCGGGAUUUUAUUCCAGACCUUCUUCCCAAUGAGUUCAUCAGCUUGUCUCCUACUUCGUCACAGGAGUACAGCUUUGGAUUGCAAACCUGCGAAGGUGCAGCUGAACUAUUCAACUUCGACUGUGACUUUAGUGGCCUCACAUCUCUGGAUUUUUAAAUGGUGCCAGAAUGGGAUUCUUUUUUUGUGUGUGUCAGACAGCCCCUAUUAUCAAAAAACAGUUGUUGCUCCUGAUGGCUGUAUAGUUAUGGUCCACAUUCCUUUGAAAGAUUCCCUGUUUGAAAUGCAAGAAAAUCAGUUAUUUUGCAAAGACGAUGGCUUUGUAUUACCAAUCAAGUACUAUAUAUUAAUUAGAAAAUAAAGCCUCUCAUUACUGCAAAAAAAUCAUGCAGUGAGAGGUUAUAGUCUGGUCUUAGCACUUACAUUUACCCAUAUAUUGUGUAUAUAUGGGUAAAGGGGUAGAAUAUUUUAAAGUUUAUCAGUGGGGGUUAAGGGCUGUCUAUUUGGGGUGGGCAGAGGAGAAAACACAGGGCUUUAAUAAUAGGUCAUCAGCAACCAAUUUAUCUGCUUUCAGGUUCAACUCCUGGAGUGUAGUGUGUAAGCAAGCAAUAGCUUUCUCCAAAGACAACCUUUGUGCCAUCUUUUCAUAAGAUAAAUCGCUUCACGUCACCUCUAUUUCUAAUUGUGGCUUUUCUUGUGCAUCAUUGUAGAGGAAGGACUAUGCAUUGCCACAUCUGUCUGUUUUUUAAUUUAUUAAAUCCCAACAGCAUUGUUGUCCCUUCCUUUAACCUAUGAACACUCAAAACAGCUUGCUGAUGGUGUGACAUACCGUUGUUUAAUAUAAUCUAUAUUUUUCCCAUGUUAUUUAUGUUGACCACUAAUGCUACAGGUCUGUAUAUACAGAAAAUUCACUGUGGGGCAGCUUUUGAUUUGGAGUGUCCUGCAAAAAAAAAAAAGCUAAGGGGGACUUUUUCUAGAAGUUGUGUAUAUUUUUCUUAAAAUCUUUCACUUAAAAGUAGUAUUUAUAAGUACGUUUAUAUUUGUCAGGCCGCCUUUUAUGUUAAAGUAAAGUGGACAAUUUUUCAUUUUAGUCUCCCCCAUUGACCCCUCCCUCUGUUCUGAGGAGAAGGACAGGAUCAGUGUGUUUGAUUGAGCUAGCUUAAUUUAUCAAUAAAUAUAUUUUCAUUGCCAAUAAAAAAACUUUUUGCAGCAAAAAGGGUGUUUAAAGCAAA